AUUCUCCUCCCUCUUUCCUCUCGUCUCCUCUCCUCUGUCCUCCCCCCCAAUCUCAGUCAAACCUUCUCUCUGAGCGCUUAGAUGGAAUUCUCCCUCUUUGGCUUCACUGGAGGAGACUCGAAACGAGGCGUUUCAGCUGGAACGGGAUAAGAUCCAGGUCUGGUCUGGUGGAUCUGCCUCCUCUGGUUUGGGACCAGCACUGAAGACCAGGUUCUGGACGGCCGGCUGUGGUUUUCCUGAGAGGUGACGUGAUGGGAAGCCCGGAGGGGUCAGCCAGGCCACCUCUGGUGUUAGCGAUGGCGUUUUUCCUCCUGGCUCUUGUGCUCUUCUCCAGCCGGGUCUCCAGCUCACCUCAGCCUGUGCCAAGAGUCUUCCUCUCCUUUGAAGACCUGCAGACCUCCCAGUCAUUUGAACAUUACAGUAUCUCAGACAAGGCCAUGGACUACAGGAUCCUGCACAUGAAUGAGGACCAGGACAGGAUGUAUGUGGGCUGCAAGGACCACGUUCUCUCUAUGGACCUUAAUAACAUCACACAUGGCACGCUCAAGAUGUUCUGGCCGGCGUCUACGAGCAAAAUUGAAGAAUGCCAACUGGCAGGAAAAGACCCAACACAUGGCUGUGGGAACUUCGUGCGGGUCGUGCAGCCGUAUAACAGAACCCAUCUGUUCAUGUGCGGCAGCGGCGCCUACAGUCCCGUCUGCGUGUACAUCAACCGGGGCCGAAGACCUGAGGAACAAGUGUUUAGCAUCGACUCCAAGAUGGAAUCAGGAAAAGGGAGAUGUUCCUUCAAUCCUCGUGUCAACACGGUCUCUGUCAUGAUCAAUCAGGAGCUCUUCUCCGGUAUGUACAUUGACUUCAUGGGGACAGAUGCUGCCAUCUUCAGGAGCCUCACCAACAGGAACGCAGUGCGAACGGAUCAGCACAAUUCUAAAUGGCUUAGUGAGCCCAUUUUCAUUGAUGCCCACCUGAUCCCGGAUGGAACCGACCCAAACGACGGUAAACUGUAUUUUUUCUUUCGCGAGAGGCUGACUGACAACAGUGGAAACACUAAAAACAUCCACACUAUGGUUGCCAGAGUGUGUCCAAAUGACAUUGGAGGACAGCGCAGCCUCGUCAACAAGUGGACCACCUUCCUCAAGGCCAGGAUGGUGUGCUCGGUGCUGGAGAACGAUGGGACCGAAACACACUUUGAUGAACUCGAGAGUGUGUUUUUGCUGGAAGCGGAUAAGCCCAAGGGCCUGUUGGUUUUUGGAGUCUUCACAUCCACGAGCUCUGUUUUCAAAGGUUCAGCAGUGUGUGUGUACAACAUGGCCGACAUCCUUACGGUUUUCAACGGCCCUUCGCUCACAGAGAGGGGCCCCUUUCAGUGGGUGGCAUUCCAGGGACGCAUCCCUUAUCCAAGACCGGGAACCUGUCCCGGUGGAGCCUUCACACCCGACAUACACACAACCAAAGAAUUCCCAGAUGAUGUGGUGAACUUUGUCCGGAAUCAUCCAGUCAUGUUCAAUCCCAUCUACCCGGUGGGAAGGAGACCCCUGGUGGUCCGAACCAACAGUGGCUACAAAUACACUUCAGUGGCUGUGGACCAGGUUCUGGCCUCGGACGGAAACUACCAGGUGCUCUUCCUGGGAACAGACAAAGGUACAAUCCAGAAAGUGAUCGUCCUGCCAAACAACCAGUCCCUGCACCAAGAUCUGAUCCUGGAGGAGCUGGAAGUGUUCAAGACUCAAGCUCCUGUUACAAACUUGAGAAUAUCCUCCAAAAAACAACAGCUGUAUGUCAGCUCCGAGUUUGGGGUCUCACAGGUCUCCCUGCACCGUUGUCACGCCUACGGCUCGGCGUGUGCAGACUGCUGCCUUGCUAGAGACCCCUACUGCGCCUGGGAUGGACUGAGCUGCUCCCGCUUCUAUCCUAAUGGAAAAAGGAGAAGCAGGCGGCAGGAUGUCAUGCAUGGAAAUCCACUCAUUCAGUGCAGAGGAUUCAAUUUAAAAGCCUACAGGAAUGCAGUGGAGAGCAUGCAGUACGGCGUGAAAAACAAUACCACCUUCCUGGAGUGUAUUCCGAAGUCUCCUCAGGAGUCGAUUCGAUGGCUCAUUCAGAGAGACAACGACAGGAGGAAAGAGGUGAAGCUAAGUGACCGUGUCCUCUCCACUGAACAUGGCCUCCUCAUCCGCUCCCUGCAGCUGUCUGACCAGGGCCUCUACUACUGCCUGACCACAGAAAAUGGCUUCAAACGCACAGUCGCCAAAAUCCGCCUGCAGGUGCUGAGCGAGGCCAUGGUGAGCGUGCUGAUGGACAAACAGCAGUCUCCUUGGGUGUGGGCCAGCGCUGUGCAUCCUAAGGUCCUUCUGCAAGCCUUCAGCCCUGCAGAGAGUCAGGCUGUACAACAGUACUGCAAAGAGAGGAAGGAGUUUCAGAAGCUGCAGCAGAGGCAGCAGCAGCCACGGCCACCUGGACCCCUCAGGGGGGAUCUGGCCAAACUGAAGCCCCUAUUGGACCGGAGGAAGAGCCGCAACCGACGCAGUCACCUCCACGAGGCAUGACGCAGGAGGCUAGGAGCUGCAGAACGGACACACUGCCGUUUUCCUGCUCUGUUUCAGCUGCCGAGCUGCGCUGUAGCUGUACAGUCCACAGAGAAGGUCACGAGUUUUUAAUGCAUGACGCGAUGUGGCCAGUUGGCCGCGAUAUUUUUACCAACACACCAACAACCACGAGUCGUUUACCAACAUGGCAGCAGAAAAUGAGCUGAUCUUUGUGUCCUCCAUUGAUAAACUUCUAUCUCAAGGGGAAAAUGCACACAGUCACAAGAUGACAAGUAAAACCAGCUGGAUGUUAUCUUGUAAUGGACUUGUUCCUUUAUAAAAAAUAAAUAAAUAAAUAAAAAUAAAAGGUCAUUCAAAUAGUGUCGUGCAGUAUUGGUGGUUAAGAUGGGAUUAAACAAAUACAGAGGAUUCUUUUAACGGUGAGUUAUUCAGGUCUGUGGAAUCAGAAGUACACACAGAUGUUUUUACAUUUUCUGUAAUCUGAAUUGUUUAUUGGCUGCGCAGUGGUUAGAGCUGUUGCCUUGUAGCAAGAAGGUCCUGGGUUCGCUUCCCAGCCUGGGAUCUUUCUGCAUGGAGUUUGCAUGUUCUCCCUGUGCAUGCGUGGGUUCUCUCCGGGUACUCCGGCUUCCUCCCACAGUCCAAAAACAUGACUGUUAGGUUGAUUGGUCUGUCUGCAUUGUCCUUAGGUGUGUGUGUGUGUGUGUGUGUGUGUGCAUGUUGUUUAUCCUGUGUGUCUCUGUGAUGCCCUGCGAUGGACUGGCUCUCUGUCCAGGGUGUACCCCGCCUGAUUGCCCGUUGAAGGCUGGAGAUAGGCACCAGCCCCCCCGCGACCCUACGUGGACAAAGCGGGUUCAGACAAUGGAUGGAUGGAUGGAUGAAUUGUUUAUUUUGAUUUUUUUGAAUAACCUCCAUUGUGGCUGAACUAAAAGGCUGUUUCGGGGGUUAUUUGAGCUGACUUUAGAAUUUGUCCCAAAAAGAGAUCAUUACUUAUAAUUAAAAAAAGAGAGAGAAAGGGAAAAUAAAUAACAAGAAACCAUAUUUAGGAGAUUUUACAUUCACUCUCAGUUUAAUCAGAAUCUUUAAAAAGUUAAAUGUAAAAACAGCCUUCAAGUGAAGAACAUGAAAAAAGGUUAAAAACAAAAUCUCAAAACAAAAGAGAAACAUUCAAAAAUCUGAAAAACAAAAACUUUUACAUGUAAAAAAAACAAUCAAUUCAUUCACCAAAGCAAAUAAAUGAUUUUAGAACAAUUUAAAAAUGUGUUUGGUUUGUUUUCCAGACUCUGAAAUGUUUUAUUUCAUAGUCAUGUUUCUUUUUGUUUUGUUUUUUUUACUUGGUUAUUGUUUUGGGUUUAAAAGUUGUUAUUGGCACAUUCAGGCUUCCAUACUGUACAAUAAGAAAUCUUCCUAUUAAUUCCUUCUACUCAAGUGUAAUGUUGAAUAAUGUGGCUGAGUGUUACGUUACCGUUUUCAGGUUUAUCCUCUUUUGCAAACGACUCCUAACACGACACUGGAAUUAAACUUAAGCAACUAAACCAGCAGAUUUGUAAAGUGGGUCUGUUUAUGCUCAAAAACAUCGUGCUGCUUGUUGAAACCACAUUUUUCACACCAGUGGUAAUGUUUCUUUGUUUAGUGCAGAUGUAGUAAUAACCAAUGAGACUCUUAUCUAGAGCAUUUGUGAAUAGAUUUUGUUUUCAAAUAAUAGAUAUUGUAGAUAGAUUUUCUUGCUUGUGUACAGAUAGUUUUAUUUUUUGCCUUCGGUUUGUUAAGUUAAUUGUGAAACUUCUUUCAUCCUGUAAAUAAUUUCAACAAUAUUCACAAACUGUGACUGUAUCUGCAAAUUGCAGAGAAACGAGAUUGUAUUUUAAUGAGAAGAGUUCUCUGCUGCAGCGUGUCACUAAAUCAUGUGAAAUCACGUCUACGUGUCCAACUAUUGUCCUCAAGUACUUGUAUUUAUUAAUGUCUUGAUAGUCUAAAAUAAAUGUCCAACUGUUAAAUA